UAGUUACCAGCCCAGCAAUCGAUCUGAACAGAUGUGAGUUUCUGGGCAUAUUCUGGUUGUCCCAAAAGCGGGAUAGGAAUGCUGUAUAAUGGCGGAAGUAAGUUAGACAGUGCUUCGGACGGUAGAACCGAUCCGAGAAGGGGAGAGAUAAAAGUUAAGCCACGUUUUCGAGAUUGAAUAUGACCGAUUUGUGAUGUGACAUGUCCAUUCUGUGAUGACAACAGGAUGCACGCAACGCAUGGGUAUAGCAUGUCCAGUUUAUAUAGGAUUUACCAUAGCAACUACGUAUACAGGUGAUGAAGUGUGUUCAAAAGGAAAGGUGUUGAAUUUGUGGUGAAUGACACUUAAGAAAAUACAACAAUUCACUGAUGACAGACAUCGCGUUGUGUGUGAUGCUACCAUAAUCAUAACAUAAUCAACAGAUUCCAGUAAAACGUGACAAUGGGAAAUAUAUUCAAGAGAAGCAAUCAGCAAGGUCCCAAGUUCCGAACUGUGGUUCCAAAUCAGACGGUAGAAGAAGAAAUCAAAUUGAAAACACAUCCAAACUAUGGGUACCGAUCAAACCGCAUUAAGACUACAAAAUACUCUGUAUUAACAUUUUUCCCCAAAAAUAUAUUUGAACAGUUUCACAGAUUUGCAAAUUUAUAUUUCAUAUUUGUUGUUGGAUUGAACUGGGUGCCAGAAAUUCAAGCUUUUGGAAAGGAAAUUGCCAUGAUUCCUGUGAUAUUUGUGCUGGCUGUGACUGCCAUCAAAGAUGGAUUUGAGGAUUUUAGGCGAUACAGAUCGGACAAGAAAAUCAACGGCCAAAACUGUCGAGUUUAUUCGAGGGAAGGCCGACGUUACGUAAAACAACACUGGUCUGAUGUUCAUCCUGGCGACUUCAUCCACUUGUCUUGUAAUGAAAUCAUCCCUGCUGAUAUCCUACUGCUGAAGUCCAGUGACCCGAUGGGGCUCUGCCACCUCGAGACCAGCAAUCUGGACGGGGAGAACAAUCUCAAGCAGAGGCAGAUAGUCAGCGGAUUCGAGUUCAGCAACGAUUUCGAGAUCUCCAGGUUCCAGUAUAAAUUGGAGGUUGAGCUUCCAAAUUCAGAAAUUUACAAGUUUAGAGGCUAUGUAGAAAAACAAUCAAAGGAAAAGAUUCCCUUAAGUAACGAAAACCUACUCCUGAGAGGGUGCAUUCUGAAAAAUACUGACUUCAUCGAGGGAAUCGUGGUUUAUGCAGGUCACGAAACAAAGGCCAUGUUAAACAACCGUGGUCCCAGAUACAAGCGCAGUAAGCUGGAGCGAAAGAUCAACCGGGACGUCAUCUGGUGUGUCAUCCUCUUGCUCUUCCUCUGCUUCUUCUGUGCGAUUGGUAGCGGAAUCUGGCUGUCCAACUUCAACGGCCUGACAGAUAACACCAACUAUGUGCCCUUCAUCCCCUUCGGUGACCUUGACAAGUUCAGCCCCGUCUACCAGGGAUUCAUUGUCUUCUGGACCUACAUCAUCAUUUUUCAGACGGUGAUCCCACUUCCCAUGUACGUCUCCCUGGAGCUGGUGAAGAUUGCCCAGGUGUACUUCAUCAACAAUGACAAGGAUGUGUACCAUGAACUCUCUAACAAACGCCUGGAGUGUCGAGCCCUGAACAUCACCGAGGACCUGGGACAAAUAGAGUACAUCUUCUCCGACAAGACGGGCACGUUGACGGAGAACCUCAUGGAGUUUAAGACUUGCACGAUUGGGGGAGUUGACUAUCCUCAUAUGCCAGGUGAUCAGGAAAGUGACUUUGGCAGCCGGAUGUCCAUUGCCUCAAUGAGCAGAAGCAGCUCGAUUUACGAGAACCUUCCACUGGAGCCUGCCCUGCAGAGGGAGCUGUCCAACAUGUGCCUGCGGAGCCUGGACAGCGUAGAGCUGACGAUCCCAGAGCACGUGAAACGUGUGCAGGAGUUUUUCCUGCUGAUGGCCGUGUGCAACACGGUCGUGGUCUCUCAUCACCCUCACGAGGACAUGAUGGAUGAGAGCGGUUUUCUCAGUCAACCCGAGUUCCUAAAGCAGGCGUCACAAUCCAGGGAGGAGGGUCUCGACCGUUACAACCGUCUCCCCGAGGCAGCCACACCCCCUAGGUCCAACAAGGCGCGGGGAGCGUCACUGGCAUCACUCAACAGCGAAUCCGACUACCAGUUCACGUCGUCUGACGGCAGCAUAGCGGGGUCAUCCUCGCAGAUGUCGGACAGUUCGUUGCGGACUCGCUACGAGGCAGAGAGUCCAGAUGAACUUGCUUUAGUCAAGGCAGCUAGUACAUACGGUUGCCGGUUGAUACGGCGGUCUCCGGAGAAAGUUACCGUGUGGUUACCAGGGGAUGGUGAAGUGGAGUUCGAGGUGCUCAACAUUCUUCACUUCGACUCGGUCCGCAAGCGCAUGUCUGUGAUCAUCAAACACCCAGAAACAGAGGAGAUAACUCUGUAUGUCAAGGGAGCCGACUCCUCUGUCCUCAGUGUACUUGACAGAAGAUUCAAAACGAAUGACGGGGAAGAGAAGGCCGUGCGGAUGAAGACGGAGGAGCACAUCACGGAGUACGCCAUGAAGGGACUCCGGACACUCUGCAUGGCAAAACGGACAUUAAGUCCAGAAGUGUACAAAGAAUGGCAGAAGAUGCAUCAGGAGGCGGAGGCAGCCCUUGAGAACCGGGAGACACAGAUAAUAGACUCUGCAUGUCGGAUAGAGGAGGAACUAGAUCUCCUGGGUGCGACUGGUAUUGAGGAUCGACUCCAGGAUGGUGUGCCAGAGACAAUAGCUAAACUACGGCAGGCUGGAAUCAACAUUUGGGUGUUGACAGGAGACAAGCAGGAGACGGCUAUUGAGAUUGCCUAUGCCAGCAAAUUGUUUCACAAGGAACAGGAACUAGUCACCCUCAACAGCAAUACAAAGGAGGAAGCGAAAGACUUGAUCGUCCAUCAUAUCGAACAGAUCAACCUGAAUCGGCCAUCACCAACCCGGAACGGCGAAGCACCCAAGGAGAAGGAGUACGCCUUGAUCAUCGAUGGAAAGACACUAGCCUUUGCUUUACAUGACAGUGCUUCCAAGAAGGGUUUUCUGAAUCUCACCAAGAAGUGCAACUCUGUCGUCUGUUGCCGAGCAACGCCUUUACAAAAGGGACAUGUUGUCAAGCUUGUGAAAGAAGAGUUGAAGAAGCUAACAUUAGCCAUCGGUGAUGGAGCCAAUGAUGUGAGCAUGAUCCAGACAGCUGAUAUUGGUAUCGGAAUCUCAGGUCAGGAGGGCAUGCAAGCCGUCAUGUCCUCGGACUUUGCCAUUGCAAGGUUCAAGUACCUCGAGAGGCUGCUUCUUGUCCAUGGUCAUUGGUGCUACGACAGACUGAGUAAAUUUGGAGCCUUCAUGUUCUACAAAAGUUUGAUGUCGGUGAUGCUGCUGUUCUGGUACCAGUUCUUCAGUGGUUUCUCCGGCUCGCUGAUGCUUGACAGUAUCUACAUGAUGCUGCUCCACCUCAUCUUCACAUCACUUCCUCCCAUCGUCAACGGCAUCUUUGACAAGGACGUGUCGGCCGAAGUGCUGCUGGAGAAGCCUGAACUUUACAGUGUUGGCCAGAAGGGGGAGAUGUAUACUCACUGGACAUUCCUGAUGGUCCUCCUGGACGCCGUCUAUCAGAGUGCUGUCCUCUACUUCAUAGCUCACCUGGCUUACGCUGAGCAGAAUGUGGGAAUGUGGGAGUACGGCACAACCAUCAUGACAGCACUUAUCCUCAUCAUUCUGUUGCAUCUUGGGAUAGAAACCAACUCUUGGACCUGGAUCCAGUGGCUUGUCCUCAUCAUGAGUUUUCUCUUCUUCUGGAUGUUUGCGGUCAUCUCUAAUGCUAUCUUCUUCACUUGGGACCAUCCAUCAAACCCCUACUGGGUGAUGGAGAACACGAUAUCCACGCCCAUCCACUCCUGUGUCGUCAUCAUUAGCUGUGUGGUAGCUCUCCUACCAAGAUUGUGCAUCCGAGCUAUACAAGCAACAGUCUACCCUAGCGUCAUCAUGAAAGUCAAACAGCUGGAGAAGGAGCUUAUAGAUUGUGACCAGCUGACCACAAUCACCACGGAAACCACCAUCAGCGCAGUUGGGGACAGCAAGCCUCCAGACUCUGCCCGUAAUGGCGGUAACCCGCAGCUGAACAAUCUAAGCGCCGACUACAGAGAGAGUGUGCGUCAGCGGCACAGGUUACCCUCUGACCAACGAGUGGAUGGUAUCAGCCCCGUACGGGCAUAGCUGGUGAUAGUCAGGCACAACAGACAGUGAUGGGAGUGUUCACUUUAAUCUUUGCAAGCCACAAGUCAUUGUGUGGAAUAUGCCAAUUGUUGUUUGGGUUCUACAGGACAAUGAACAUUUAAAUGCCAAAUACCUUAUGUUGGAGAAAUCCAUUCAAUGAAGGCUUGCCGUCAUAUAGCUGGAAUAUUGCUGAGUGCGGCGUAAAACAACAAACAAACCAAACCAAACCAAACCAAUGAAGGCUCAGAACAUAGGUUUGCAUUUGGAAUUUUUGAAGAUUCUUAUUUUUUUCAAAAGAAUUUUUACAAGAUCACUUGUAACCUGUCUCACAUUAUACACUGUUCGUUCAACAAAUUGUUAUCAAUGGCCACCAAUUUUUUAUACCACAUUCUAAAAGAAUAUGUUUUCCACGGCACUGGACACGGGUCAUGUUUUCUAUCUGUGAUGUCACUUUUCUCACAAGAGCAUUCAGUUCACAAGACCAGAUGGGCAACAUGUAGACUGGUCUGUGAAAUCUUGUCUACAUAUCACUCGGGCAAUUCAUGGAGACGCUAUUCUGAGGAUUGGAUAUUCAGGAUGUAUCUCAAUACUGUUGGACAUGUUCUGUGCGGUUGUGUUGUUCUAUGACACAGUCGACACAAGGCUCAUAUGAUUCAUCGACACAAGUGUAGAGUGUUCAGUCUGACAGCCUAUCAACAGGCAGGCUAACCUGUCCGUAAUGACUCCAAUCUCAGGAACAGUGUUGUGGAUAUGUAAUUACACAUUUGUAUGUUGUUUACAAAAUAUGUAUAUAAUUAUAUUAUUUUAGCAGAUAAAGGAACCAUGUCCAAGACAUUCAGAUUAUAUUUUGUAUAUAUUGUAUUAUUCUGUAAUAUCUACACCAAAAUAUCUUACAUUGCUUUCUACCUAUUGGAAGCUGCUGAUGGCCUGAUGAUUCACCAUCAUCAUCACUUGCCCUCCACCAAUGCAAUGAUCAGUGAUGGCUAUUGGGUUAGUUCAAGGGUAACUGGAUAUAAUAUGUGAUGUUUAUUUCAAUGUUUAAACAUAUUUAAUUUAUUAUUUAUAUGCUUAUCAGUAACUUAUAUAAGAUGUUGUUUAAGAAAUAGUUUUAUAUUUCAUGAAAAAGGAAGGUACUUUGGUGUGUAAUUUCAGGAUAAAUAUUUGUUUACUAGGAAAGUAAUUGUAUUUUUUUAUACAUCAUAUUUUAUUUGUAUUGUUUGCUAAAACUUCAGUUUUAUUUUGAAUGAACAUUUAUUGACCCGGAUAUGUUAAAAAAUUAUAUUGGCCUAUAUUAAAGAAGAAGAUGUGCAACAUCUGAAACUUGGUAUUUACCUAAAAUAGACCUGGAGUAAUAUUAUCCAAACAACUUAUUCAGAAUGUUGUUUGUAUUUAGAAAGUGGCCAAAUUCAAGAUGGGCUGUGAUGUAACUAUCAAAACACUAAUAUGUAGAAACAGCAACAUUCCUCAAUUUAUCAUGUCUAAUAGAGGGGGCUGGUUCUGCUUUGAUGUCACUGUUAAAUGCUCUCAAAGAUGUUAGCUGUGAUAACACAGUUUCAAGCCUGUGCCUACCUGCAUUGUCCCAGCCUCCAGGCUAGCCAAGGGGGCCAAGUUUUAAGAUCUCCAUAUGUAUAUUCGCGAAUAUAGCCCCAGGGUUAUUUCUUACAGUAAUUUCUUUGUAAACUCUCGGGAGGUUUGAGUUUUUAGCUUCCCAGUUAAUUAAGAAGGAGAGGAAACGAGUGUGAACACACCAGCAUUUGUUUGUUGGGUGUUUGUUUGCUUUCUUUAUCAGUGUGACUUGAAACAGUCCAAAAUCGGUAUUGGUCCAUCUAUUGAUAUUUAUCUCUCCUUCCUAUAAAUUAGGCAAUUAUUGUUUUAUUUGUUGGAUCAUAAUGUUUUCAUAAUUGGAGGGAAAAUAAUUGUCCAAAUUUACACUUUUUUAUUUACAGCUGACACGUCAAACACACAAAUUUAUUUUGAGCAGACGAAGGCACUAAAGAUGUCAAAUUCAUUUUUUGGUAAUUCUCUGAUGUCGGAUCUUUUAAUUCUUCCCUUUUUUGACUUUAGACUUUGACAACAAAAAAUCUGUGUUCCGACAACAAAAUAAAUAAUGGCCAUACCAUGACAUUGCUGCAGCUGUGUUUUUGGUUAUGUUGUAUUUGGUAAUUUGGUUUUUAUUUGUUAUCAUCAUAUUUAUGGUUACCAUACAUUUCUGUAAUUUACUGCUGUUAUAAAGUGCUGAAUUGAUUGACUUAAUUAAAUCAGUAUUACAAGAUAAAACCAUGCUACAAAGCAAGAUCAUACCUUUUACAAACAUGUGAUGAUGGCAGAAUUUGAGCAAUAAAUCAAAUCUGAAUUUGGUUGAACACCGAUUAAACAUUUCCUCUGUUAAUACAACAAAAUCCACUGCGGGUCUGUGUUGAAUAUUAAAGGGGAUUAUACACGUACCACUGAUGAAUGUAUGAAGCUGUGCUGUGGCGCUAUGCUACCAAAGGGGAGAUAACCCAUCUUAUGGCUGAAUAGUGCUCUUUUGUACAUAAAACCAUAUAUGUUUGUGUACUUGAUUUGACAUGUUGUGUUCAUAUUGUUAAAAGUAUAGAGCAAGUUUUACACUCAAUAAUUUCUUCAAAUUGAAAGAUGUAAAUCAUUCUUCGGAAACUGUUUUGUAUCAGACCAUCUGAGUCAGAAACAAAACUACUAGUUGGGAACACCAUUAUUGUUCUAGAGUUAAGUCAGAAAAUAUCAAAAUUGAUGAGUUGUGAUGAGUUUUUGGGUGACUAGAUCCAUAUACAAGUUCGGGGUUGCAAUUAAAGGUUGCUAAGGGUCAUGCUUUUAUUGUAAGGGACUGAUUUCAGAAUACCAUGGUAAUCCAGAUUUCUCACAUCCAUGGGAUUUGGCUAUUGAGAUAAGAUAUCCAUGACUAUGUGUGUUUUGUUGUUGUAAUUUCUACCUGCAAUGCUGAUUGGCUUUUUUAUUAUUGGGGUGUCUGUACAUACUUUGUGAAGCAUGACUGUGUUAGAGACAUUUGAGUAAUUGUUCAAUGGAUACUGAUUUUUUUCAGGAUCUAAGAAAAGGUAUAUAAGACUGCUGAACCAUGAUAUCCAACAUGGUGAUUUAGUUCCGGUUAAUGCUGUAGUCCCAUGAAAACUUUCAGUGCCUCUACCAAUACUUCAGUCUAAGAGCUUUAAGUAUGAUUACUAUAAUACGUCAUGAUGUUCAAUGCUAUGUGAAACUCACCAGAGCUUGGUUUGCCUGUCAUAUGUCUACAUUGUCGCCCCUUAAACUGUUGGGGGGCACGGGUGGCCCAGUCAUCUAAGGCGCCGCGAUUCACUGUGCAGAGUUGCGUCCCUUGGGCACGCCAGAAACCUAUGAUUGUGGGUUCGAAUCCCGGUUUGCCCCGAUUAU